AUGAGACCGGGAAGCCUUAAAGAUCCCGAAAUAGCGGAACUAUUCAACAAACAUGAUCCGGAAAAGAUAUUUGAAGAUCUGCGCGAGAUCGGUCACGGAUCGUUUGGUGCCGUGUACUACGCAAAAUGCAACCUCUCGCAGGAAAUCGUUGCCAUCAAAAAGAUGUCCUACAUGGGCAAGCAGAGCAUGGAGAAGUGGCAAGACAUCUUGAAGGAGAUUCGCUUCCUGCGUCAGCUGAACCAUCCGAACACGAUCGAGUAUAAAGGGUGCUAUCUGCACGAGAAUACGGCAUGGCUGGUGAUGGAGUACUGUGUCGGUUCCGCUUCGGACAUCAUCGAGGUGCACAAACGUCCGCUGAAAGAGGACGAAAUUUCCGCCAUCUGCGACGGUGUCCUGCGGGGUUUGAGCUACCUGCACGGGCUCGGACGGAUUCAUCGCGACAUCAAAGCGGGUAACAUUCUUCUAACCGAGCAGGGCAUUGUGAAGCUGGCCGAUUUCGGUAGCGCCGCGAUCAAGUGUCCGGCCAACAGCUUCGUUGGCACACCGUACUGGAUGGCUCCAGAGGUGAUCCUUGCAAUGGACGAGGGUCAGUACGAUGGAAAGGUGGACGUGUGGUCACUGGGCAUCACUUGCAUCGAGCUGGCGGAACGGAAGCCACCGUACUUCAAUAUGAACGCCAUGUCGGCACUGUACCACAUCGCUCAGAACGAUGCGCCGUCACUGCAGGCCCAGGAGUGGUCGGAUAUGUUUCGUAACUUCGUCGACUUUUGCCUCCAGAAAUCCCCAAUCGAUCGGCCAACGUCGACGCAGUUACUGAAGCAUACUUUCAUGACACGGAUACGAUCACCGGCGGUUUUGAUCGAUUUGAUCGCGAGAACGAAGGCUGCAGUACGCGAGUUGGAUAAUCUGAACUAUCGAAAGAUGAAGAAAAUCCUGAUGGUGGACUGCGAGACGGGAAGCAACAUGGGCGAUGCCGAGGACACGCCGGACGAGCAAAUAGGAGGUGAUAGCAGUAAGAGCAAUAGCAUCACCUCCGAGCACUCGCUACCGUCGGUCGACCAGCAAGUUCCGCUUCAUGCCGGUGCGAGUGGCAUGGGGCUUGUCCGAAACUCGUCCCGUUCGCGGCCCGCUCUGCCCUCGUCGAUGCACAACAACAAUUCGUCGGGAAGUGCGAGAGACAGUAUGCUGUCGAACGUGAUGCUCGGUGGCGUCGUUGGAAGCGGAGGAUCCGGUGGAAGUGGCAUUAUGAUGGCCGGUAGUAGCAGCGGAAUGGGAUCAAGUAGCGGGCAGGGUGGCAGUGGCGGUGCUAGCAGCGGUGGAUCCGGCGCUCUUGGCGCUGGUAGUCAAAACAGCAGUGCCAACAUGGUCUACCAGCAACCGCACAAUUCCUCCUCUAGUCCGGUCGGUGGUUCGUCGCAUCAUCAUCCACACAACCACAAUCACGUACCACAGGGAGUGUCGAACGCCGUCGCCGAUCAUGGUGCCAACAACUUUGCCACGAUCCGUACCACGAGCAUCGUGACGAAGCAACAAAAGGAACACAUGCAGGAGGAAAUGCACGAGCAAAUGUCCGGCUACAAGCGCAUGCGGCGUGAGCAUCAAGCCGCGCUGGUGAAGCUGGAGGAAAAGUGCAAGGUGGAAAUGGAACAGCACAAGACGGCCCUGGACAAGGAAUACGAUUUGUUGUUGCACAAUUUCACGCGAGAGUUGGACAAGCAAUCGGCAAAGCAUCAGCAGGAAAUUGUGCGACGGGUGAAGCAAAACGAUGGAGCGGAGAAGAAGCUACACAAGGAAAUAUCGACCCGACAGGAGGGCGAUCGGAAGGCGUUCGAGAUACAUCGAAAGAAAGAGUACAAGGCCAACAAGGAGCGAUGGAAACGAGAGCUGUCGAUGGACGAUACGACGCCUAAACGGCAACGCGACGCAACUUUACAGACGCAGAAGGAUAACCUCAAACAGGCGGAAGCUCAGGAGGAACAGCGGCUGCUGCGGGUACAGAAGAACUACAUCGAACUGGAGAUGCGCAAGUUUCGCAGGAAAAAGAUGGUGCUGUUGCAAGAGCUUGAAAAUCAGCUUUUACGAGACGAGCUCAGCAAGAAGCAACAGCAGUUGGAGCAAGCCCACGGCAUGCUGAUAAAACACCACGAAAAAACGCAAGAUCUCGAGUAUCGCCAACAGAAAAGUGUCCAUGCCCUGCGGGAAGAGCAGAUUUCGAAGCAACACGAGAGUGAGUUGCGAAACCAGAAAGAGUACAUGGACAGGGCCGAGCGAGACCUGCUGCGAAGACAUGCACUCGAAUUAAAACAGCAACCAAAGAGCCUGAAGCAAAAAGAACUCCAGAUUCGGAAACAGUUCCGUGAGACGUGUAAAACACAAACGAUCCAGUAUAAGGCACUGAAGCGACAGAUACUGCAGACGACACCGAGGGACGAACAAAAGGCUGUGAUAAAGCAACUGAAGGAAGAGCAACAUCGGAAGUUAACAUUACUAGGUGAUCAGUAUGAACAAAGUAUUGCCGACAUGCUACAGAAGCAAAGCCUUCGUCUGGAUGAAAGCCAAGAAGUGGAGUGUCAUCAGCUGCGCGAUCGACUCCAGUACGAACUAGACAUUCUGACUGCAUACCAGAGUAAGAACCGAAUGCAGGCACAGGCGCAACGCGAUCGCGAACGAAAGGAGCUGGAGGAUCGCGUCAGCGUUCGAAGAGCACUGCUGGAGAGUAAGAUGGAAACUGAGUUGCAGCAGUUCAAUCAAGAACGGGCUGAAAGAAUUCGCCAGCUCAAAGAGAAGCAUGACAAGCAGCUUGAGGCAUUCGAUGAAGAAUCUGCCCGCAUGGGAUUCAGUGCUCUAGCCUUGGCGGAAGCAUCGAAAGAGACAUAUCCGGAUGAGGAGGGUAGCCUGUCCGGUUCGAUGUUGAGCUUAGCGCACAGCAACAGUUCCACCAGCUUCCCAGCCGGUUCCCUAUAGCAUAAGUCAUCUUGCAGCAGAUGGAUGACGAUAUCGAGUCAACAUUCGAUGUAAGCAAAACCAUGGAGUUUACAACAACCUCUACCUAUUGACGCGAACCGUUAAUUGGCCAAUGUCAACAGCAACGAGGUGCGGAGUGAAGCGGAGCAUAACAUUUGACGAAUGGCGCCUUGAUCACGGAGCACGGAGCGGAACACAGCAAUGCAUAAUAUUUGCGACCACUAGCAGAAUACAACUCUGUGGCUCAACGGCAAGGGGACGAAAGCCAGAAGACUGAUCAUCAUCUUCGGACAGUGGGAGCCAAAAAAGGGACAAAUAAAAAUGGGCAGUUUAGGGUUGUCGACAAUGGAGUGAUGUCGAGGGGGCAGGGCAAGAGUCGCCGAGGACAUCGCGAUCGAGAAAUGUAAUCGUGUAUUUUGUGUAUUGUUCCGUUCUAUGUUACCAUGCGUUCUAAACCAGCACCACAUAUUCGGUUUCAGCUUUAAUAAUUGUACGUUAGGACAAGACAGGGGCGGAACGUUUUGCAUAUAUACUUUUAUACAUAUACUUUUACAUGCUACAUUUUUAUUGCACCGGCUCUUCCCGGUGUUGUACACGGCUCCGUUGGUUUUCUCACCAUCAAAACUAUGCCGCGGAUCGCUUAUCUCGGAAAAACCCCGAGGGGGAGGGCGUUAACGUUUAUCAUUACCGUAGUUGGGAUGCGAAUCUGAUCGAAAAGACAAACUCCGGUUAGGCUUUCGUUACACAUACACUCCUUUGGGCGUUCUUCAUCCCCUCAUCUUUCGCCCUUGCUAUCGAAAGCACACAGUACAGGUGGUCUAGUCAUCGUCUUCGUCAUAUUAUACGCCUGCUUCAAUCAACGCAGACAGCAUAGAGCAACGAGAGAGAAAAUUAGAGACAGAGAAACAGAGAGAAGGCAUAAAAAUGCCUUCUGGGACAUGGAAACAUCCCGACCAGAAGAAAGCAAAAUGGAUGUUUUGAUAAAAAAUACUCAACCAUUAGAAGAAGUCUUCACUUGCGGUCCUGAACGAGUUCGGGGUUAGUGCCACAAAAGCUUGUACUACGUCCGUGAGGGGUCUGUCACUUUUGUCUCGUGGAAAGUGUUUCUAAUAAACAUUUCCCAUUUUGAGCCUAUCUGCAGUCUCGCUCACCGGCUAGUUCGAAGCAGAGUAAAAAUUGGUUCCCCAAACGAGUGCUCUCUUCCUGCCUUUGGGGAAUGCUUAGUGUCCACAAGUUUAAGAAUAAAAAUAUAAUUUUGUUCUUGCUUACCAAGUGUUUUAUGGACUCGCUCGCACUUGCCCGAACGACCUGAGCCUAAUUUCCACCCAAAAGGAUGAAAACCAAAAAAAAGAAACACUCGGCUAACAGGGCGAAAGAUUAUGUUGUGUUAUCAUUUUGCGUACCAUUGUACCACCUGUUUGUCGGCCGCAACGUAGGUAGAAAAUGGAAAAGUAAAUAAUCAUUUGGGGUGUCAAAAUUUGGGCCGAAAAAUGUUCAUUCGUUAUGUGCAGACACACACUUUUGAAAGAUAUUAUGUCAUUGUCUCAUUUCACUAAUUAUUUUAUUUAAAAAAGUUUAUCCUUUUUACUACGACCCGUUCGUGUAUCCAUUUAGUUCCGUAUGCGUUAAGUUUAUCGUUUGAACCGUAGAUAAAACCAUAUAUCGAUAUUAACUGAGAGCGAUUGUCGUUGAUCUGCUGCCGAAAAGACGUUUUGUGGUGGCGUUCUGGUGGAAUCGAGUGAUUUUCCCGAAAGGAAAGGAAGGAAUUGUUACGCAAACAGGGUGUUGCGCAGUUCCGCCGGCCGGUUAAUGCGCUGCCGUUCGUUGCGCAGCAAUGGCUGUCCGAGAAAUAGGCACGCUGAGCAGUUAGAAUAGUUAAAAGAAAAGAUAGGAACAUUGCGUAGCAGCGUCUAGCGAAGAAGUUUGUUUAGAAAGAAGAGCGUAAUGGGAAAGCGGAGCUGAAAAUCGGUCCCCUUGCUUUAGAGUGUACAGAGCGUGGUGCAUUUAGAUGAUCACCGGGAAAACGUAAUAAAAUUAGUUUUUAAUCCUAACUCCUACAAACGGCCACAGCAGCAGUCUGCAGCCUUUGCAAGAACAAAAUAAAAAUAUAACGAUAAAACUGAUUGGAGAGGGUUGACACAGUAAAGCGUAAAAUAAUCCCCGAUGGAAAGCCAACAACAACGUAAACAACAUAAGCUAUGCGUGUGAGAAUCCUAUAGACAAUAGAUAAGCAAAUAAAGGAAAGACGAGGGGAGCAAGACGCAGGCUUAGCACUUUUAACGAGAGGCUCGUACACAUG